CGCGUAACGUCGUCGUUUUGUAAACAGACACGCGACCAGCAACGUGUGCGCGACGAGGCGAACGAAAGUUAAUGAACAUCCGGAAAAAAACGAAGUAACAGUGCCGUCAGGUCGGACGUUUCGAUAAUAAUUUUCCACGAGUGUAUUUUUUUUUUAUAUCUUCUCGUUAUCUGUGUUCUACCGCGGCGUCCUCUUCGAACCGAAACUGGGUUGAUCGACCGCGUCGUUGGAACGAUUCCUUUCCCUUUCGACACGAGAAGAGACUCGUUUCGUUCGCUGGCGGAGGGGUAGAGCACAGGAGAGAAAGAAGGCAGUGGUAAUGACAAAAGUCACUGCGUGUCUUCUCGUCCGACGAGUUCGCCAGAGGAAACUCCUUGGAGGAUUCAUCGGGUCGAGAGUAAAUCGGCCAGGCCAAUAGGAGAAAAUCGAACCAGCGAUACUCCAACAAUUUCUCGGUAGGAUGACUGCGCAGACCUCAAAGAUGUCACGGUUCGAGCCAAUCGAAGGGAAUCGCCAUUCAUUGCCUGGUCUGAUCGUCUUUGAUCGAAACGAACGUUUCAACGUUUGAUAAUUCGAUUCGCAAGUCGCGGAACGACGUUAAUCAUGGCCUGGGGCAGAUCCCCGAUCGUGAACGCGCCAGAUCAUCGUCUAACGAGCUGGAAGAAAGCUCGAUGAGCCAAGGUGGUGACCGUUUAGACGUCGAAGACGACCUGGUGAUUGGACACCAGGAUUGGACGCGAUUCGGAGGUGUGUCACCCAAAACGGAUAGGGUAAUCGAUGCUCGAGCGAUCCAUGGAGAGGCUGAGCUUCAGGAUGAGAUAAUGUCUGUUUCUGCUACAAUUAGGGACCAUUUACAACGGGAACAUCGAAAUGAAGCUAGGAGAUAACAUGACUAUGGAUGCGUACAACAUAUGGGGAGACGUUCCUCCACGAAAAUGCCGACCGCCGAAGAUUGGCGAUAUUCCAAAGCACAGCGCUAUCGACGAAGAAUCGCCAGGAUCCAUCCCCAAGUCGCUGACGGUUUCCCCAGCUGACUCGAGGGACGCCACGCUGGACGUGUCACUGGAAUCUUCCAGGAACAUCGUUUUUCCAUUAGACCCCGUCUCCGCUCCCGAGCACUUCUCCUCGAUUCAGAAGUACGAGUCGAGAAAGCUGACCGCACCCACGGGAACCAAGCUCCAAUAUUCUCCAGGAUCGACACCACUGUCGUUGAAUUUGGCCAGCAGCGUUCAGGAUUCGCGUUCUCUAAGACAGGAACCGUUACCUUCCAGACGUGAAAGCUUUGCGAGAAAGUCACCGAGUCAUCAGAGAUCGAGGGAUCGCGAGACGAAAAUAUUCGCCGAGCCAGAGAGCAAAGUGACCAUCAACUUGCCAUUCGAAGAGUCACCACUGAAUGUAAAACAGUGCGAGGACUCGACGAGGAUCCCGUCCAGUCCCGAGGAUCUUUCAGACAGAGAGAUCGUCGAGGUUCGAAAGGAUAGCGCCCUGUUUCUUGAAGAAGCGGAGGGAUUACCCACCCUGCGCAAUAUUAUAAAGUCUAGAGAGCCCAAGAUAGUCAGGCCAAGAAGAGAGAGCAGUGGCUACGCGAGCAACCUGGGCACCUUCGACGAGGACGGACGGACUUCUUUAUCUGGCGACGUCCUGCAAGAUCUGUCCUCGUUCUUGAAGGACAAACGGUGGUCUUUCACCGGUUCCAAACGUCUGAAUUCAAGGGUGAUCGUAGGUAGAGCCGAAGAAAGUCUGACAGAGGAAGUAGUCGACAUUGGCGCAGACGAAAUGCCUACCACGGAAGUGCACAGAAAGGUGUCCAGCACGGGACUGGACAUGCCCAACAUCGACGAGAUGAAAGAGUUACCGAGGGACGAGGUUGCCUGUAGACAGGAGAGCUUGGACAACCUCUGCGAUCUCAUGCAUCACGUCAGUGUCGAUGAUAUGUCCGUGACGAGGCUACAAGAUCCAUCCGCAGGCAUCAUCGACACUCUGUCCUGCUGCGAGUCGAUCGAUCGACUCUUAACGUCUUCAACGUCCAGGAACACGUUGAAUCAAACGGCCCAUCAACGCACCGCUCGAACUGUCAGCAAUGUCCUCGAGGAUCUAGGUCAAGCCAGCGAUCGUUCAAAUCUGAAGAUCAACAUCGAGGGAUCUGGAGAUGCCAUCCACGAUAUCCGGAUCGUCGAAGAGUCGGUUGACAGAUUGUCGAUGGUAUCCAACAGAGCGGAAGAAACCAGCGAACCCUUGUAUGACGAUCUCCAAUCGAGGGUUCUUCCGCGGUCGAUCAAAGUUUACCAGCUGUUGUCGACUCAGUCCGAGGACAGAACUGAUGGAGAAGUGCAUCUGGCUGACAGAAGAAUCUCCCUGCAGAUAUCCAAGCAGGAUGAUUUGACCCGAGACGUAAUGUCGCCUGCUGAUUCCAAGGACGACUUGUCCACGCACGAAGGAGGUAACAGUUUAACGCUAAAGAGCAGUGUCUCCAGCGACGUAGCCACCCAGACGUUCGUUGAAAUCACUGACGACCGUUUAGUCAGAAAGAUGUCCACCCUUGGCGACGUGGGAACAAGUCAGAGGUUCCUGGGUGAUGCUUCCAACGUCACUGUCAGACCUAUUUAUCCAUAUUGCCCGUACUCCCCUUAUGGCAGUCCUCAGGGAUCGCCCAGGAACAGGAGGAGACCCCUGAGAGAAAGCAGGAGAGUCUCCAUCGACAACAGACAGGGUGCUCUUCAGCUGAACCAAUACAAACUCCUGGAUAAUAUCGGACAGGGCUCUUACGGUAUCGUGAAAUUAGUUUACAACGAGGAGGAUGAGACUCAUUACGCGAUGAAGAUUCUAAGCAAGAAGAAAUUGAUGAAGAAGGCGGGGAUCUUCGGCAGAAUGGCCCCUGGCAGAAAGGGGGCAGCGAACCCUUUAGCUAAGGUUUACAGAGAGAUUGCUCUGUUGAAAAAAUUGGAUCACCCUAACGUCGUGAAAUUGGUGGAGGUACUCGACGAUCCGGACGAGGACAAUCUCUACCUUGUUUUUGAACUGGUCCAGAGAGGCGAGAUCCUUCAGAUACCAACUGACAGACCUCUAGACGAGGGAACUGCCUGGAAGAACUUUCGCGACAUCGUGAUGGGCGUUGAAUACUUACAUUACCAAAGAAUAGUGCAUCGCGACAUAAAGCCCAGUAAUCUACUGGUGGAUAGCGACGGGCGUAUUAAGAUCGCUGAUUUGGGGGUUAGCGCAGAAUUGAGGGCAUCCGGAGAAUUAUUAUCUGGACCAGCUGGCACCCCAGCUUUCGCGGCUCCCGAAACAACCACACCUGGCGCCUAUUAUUCUGGAACUUUAUGCGAUGUGUGGUCUAUGGGCGUAACACUGUUCUCCUUGAUAACUGGAAAAUUGCCAUGGGAUGGUGCUGGAAGUAUUAUAGGUGUUCAAGCAGCAAUUCGCACAGAGCCUAUUACAUUUCCAGAGAAGCCUGCCCUCUCGGCUGACCUUCACGAUUUGAUAUCAAGAAUGAUGGACAAGAACCCAGCCGAGAGGAUCACUUUGGCAGAGAUAAAAGCGCAUCCCUGGGUUACAAAGGGUAGCACCAAACCACUGCCCAGCGAAGCCGACAACUGUCGACUUCCUGUCACUGUUACCGAUGAGGAAGUGGAGAGGGUGGUCACUAGGAUACCAAAGCUGGACACCCUGAUCCUCAUCAAAACUAUGUUGAAACAGCAUAGCUUUCAAAAUCCGUUUUUACCAAAGAGAAGUGGGAAAACGAUAUGUACUGAUGCUGCAGUCGGCAGUAUAGAGUUAUCGCCGCCUGGAAGGGCUGAUGAAACUUUGAUAACGAGAAAGGUAAUCAGGAACGCUAAAACAGAGCGAUUCCAGCGAACGGGUAGAAGUAAUUCCGCUCCUGAUUCUUACGACUGGCAAACGAACAGACAGAGAUCAGUGGAUAGUCCUUUACCACCAGUCACCGAGGCGUCCAGUCAAGAAAGCGAAGCUGAGAAACGGUGAUAACUCCAAUAAUUCUUGAUGAACUACAAAUGAAAGUGCCAUCAAUUCGUUGACUACUAAAUGAGAUGUUUACGAGAACUAAUGAAGCGCAUUCAGCCGAUCUUCUCGUCAAACGUGCAGUCGAACCGAUUCCGCAAUCGUUAGAUGCUCAGCGCCUAGUGCGAACUCGUCUUAAUCACUUAAGAAUGUACUUACUGGAUUAUCCGAACUUGAAAGUAACGAAUUUGAGGAUAAUUCAGAAACACAACAGCAAACUUACGGGCCAGAGGACUCGAAACCAAGUUUCGACUUCAGCACAUUACUUUUACGUGAAGUUAGGGGAAAAGAUAUUGUUUAAUUUUUAACGUAGACCAUGGUUUCCAAUUGAAACGGAAACACAUCGAACUAUUCGUAAUUCAUAUAAUAAAAGUUUAGGGAUACCUACGACGUUUCCCAUCGAUCCAGUUAAUCCAUUCGAGCUUUGCACAUUUUUUGUCAGAGGAAAUUCUGCACUGAAUAUUUUAGGUUCCUAACAUGACAGACAUGAACUACGAAAUCGUCGAUUUUUAUACAACACAAAAUAAAUUUUUAUUGCCGUGGUGUCGUAA